AACGUAAUUGUGGAGUACAUGAGCUCAUCUGCAUCCGAAAAGUGUGGACAUCUUGGAUAAUGACUGCGGAUACCAGAAUGCUCAUCUUGUUCAAAAUGUCUCCUGAAGCUCUGGGGUUCCUGACGGCCAUCGGGGUCUUCAUCGUCCUCAUGAUCCUGCUCUUUUUAUACCUCAACAACAAGCUGUCCUUGGAGACUGCUGGGCCUCUGCCGUGCCUUGAUGACUACAAGAAAAGCAAGGAAUUGCAAGAUAAGAGCUUUGCAGAUGGGGACUUCCAUGGCUCAUCGUCAGACAGCGAGGACGAGGUGAUUGGGAAGUACCAGGAGGCCGUGAGUCGCUCCCAGGGGCUGUGUGGGGGUGCAGUUGAUGCCCGCCACCCGAAGGGCUAUGGCUGGGAGACGCGUCAGAAGUACAGCCCCCUGGCCGCCGAGUACGAUGGCUAUAGCAGCGAGGCCUCGGCCGAGGACGCAAACUGCAUCCAGCGGAUGAGACGCACGCCUCCACUGGACGAGCUCCAGCCGCCGCCCUAUCAGGACGAGGACGGCUCGCCGCGCAUGUCCUGCACGCCCUCCGACCUGGGCGACACCAAGUGCGAGCUGUCCCACGGCAGCGACAGCCCGCGCCACUCCUACGGCAAGUGCCCAAGCGAGGGUAGUGGCGCUCAGGAGACGGAGAGCUACCUCAACAAGGGCUACGAGGAAGACGUGCCCAGCGAUAGCACGGCCGUGCUCAGCCCCGAGGACAUGUCAGCUCGUGGGUCAGCUGCCCAGCUCCCAAAAGGCUAUGAACCGGACCCGGUGGCCCAGUACGGCACCCUGGAUGUGGUGUUCAACUAUGACUCAGGGGACCAGCGGCUCGCAGUGACCGUCAUGUCCGUCACCGACAUCCCUCCCCUCAAGCGCACGGGCAACAUCUCCUGGCAGGUGCACCUGGUGCUGCUGCCCACCAAGAAGCAGCGGGCCAAGACGGGCAUCCAGAAGGGGCCGUGCCCGGUGUUCACUGAGACGUUCCGCUUCAGCCAUGUCGAGACGGAGAUGAUCGGCAACUACGCCGUGCGUUUCCGCCUGUACAGCAUCCGCCGCAUGAAGAAGGAGAAGGUGCUGGGCGAGAAGGUGUUCUACCUCACCAAACUCCACCUGCAGGGCAAGAUGUCCGUGCCUGUCAUACUGGAUCCCUGUCCCACUAUACCAGGCAGCGAGUCCCAGGUCAGCAUCUCCGAGAUGUCCAGCGAGAGUGCAUCUUCAUUCCAGUCGGCGGGCCAGGGCUCCUCGCCAGAGAUCCUGGUGGGUCUCGUUUACAAUGCCACCACUGGCCGUCUUUCCGUGGAGAUCAUCAAAGGCAGCCACUUCAAGAAUCUGGCUGCCAACAAGCCACCCACUUCCCAACCCUUGUUGUCAGAUGGACUAUUCUGUUGUCUAAAGCACUUGAUAGGUGGACAGGUUUAUAUUAUUAGAGGCCCAGACGAAAACAAAAAGGAGUCACGGCGAUGGAUUGCGCAUUCACUGAGGCGUUGGAGAAUGCAAGACACGUUCGUCAAAUUGACCUUGCUGAACUCCAUGGGCCAGGAGAUGUCCAAGUGCAAGACGUCCAUCUGCCGUGGGCAGCCCAACCCCACCUACAAGGAGACGUUUGUCUUCCAAGUGGCCCUCUUCCAGCUCUCGGACGUCACGCUCAUCCUGUCCGUGUACAACAAGCGCAGCAUCAAGCGCAAGGAGAUGAUCGGCUGGAUCUCUCUGGGACUCAACAGCUCCGGCGAGGAAGAGCUCACGCACUGGACACAGAUGAAGGAGUCCAAAGGGCAGCAGGUCUGUCACUGGCACAGUCUGUUGGAGUCGUAGGGGAAAGACAAACAGAGGGACGGACGGACGGUUGUAAGUAUGAAGGAUACAAGUGAUGCAGACCAACCCGGCCAAGCCUCAGAGCUGCCCAGGGACAGACAGAGCUGUCCCACCGUGCAUUCUGGGAUAUGAGGUCAAGCUCAGGCUUCUAAAAGGGUUCUGAGAGGCAAACUGAGAGUUUGAGUUUCAUUCGUUAAAUGUAUACUUUUGUUGUUGUUGUUGAACUGAAUUUGAACCAAUGUUAUAUGGAUGGCGUACUCCCUGCCAAGGUAUCAGGUUUUUCGAGAAAGUGUGCUUUUUUUGUCCUAGUACUGUACUGAGUAUGUGCUGAUAUAGCUGGGGCCUGAGAGCUUUGUCACUGGUGUGGCAUCCUUCAGACUGCACCGUGUUGCAAAAGAUGGCAGCUUGAGCUCCUGAUGAUGAGUCAUUUCAAGUCCAUGGGAUUAGCAGCAGCCAGUUGUUUGAGUUUGCUCUCGAGUCUUGAGUCGCAGGCAGGGGACAGGUGUUGGGACGUACCCAGCAUGCUUUAGUCUGUGCAAAUAAGAUCCCAGCCCAGUGGGAACUCCAAGUCACUCUCUCCGCAUGGAGCCCAGUCAAAGAAUUUUAUCAAAUCUAAACAAGGACAGACUUGCAUCAUAUUUGCACUUGUCAGUGUACAGAGAGUUCUUGCCUGUCCUUCAUGACACCAACCUCUCUUUAUUCCACCAGCAGUGCUCCCAGUUUCUAAAAUCAAUUUUUAACUGAACAGCAGGCAAGAAAGCCACAUGUUCAUUUUAAACAUAGGCACAUAAUUGUAGUACUUUUUCUAAACAAUAUGGCUAAUUGUUCCAAUAAUUCUUAAUCCUGAAAUUAAGAAGAACCUAUCUUUAAUUACAUGUAAGACACUCAAAACAACUGUAAUGUAAUUAGAUUUUUGACAUGUGUUGCUCUGUCAUUUGAAAAAGAUGAGAUGAAAAAAUAUACGUAUGUACAUGACAUGGAAAAUGCAAGUAAAUGAUUGAAGACAACUGACAAAGCUACAUCAGUACAAAGCUGAGUUAUCCACUUUAAACAUUGGUAAUAAAGCCAGACCAAUGUUCUCACCAGCGUUUGAAACAGGUCUAAGACUUGUAAAAGGCUAUUUUUGUGAUGAUUGCAGAGGACUCUGUGACCACACAAUGAUUUGUGGGGAUUUUUGUGGUGCAGGAUGACUCACAGAAACUCCAACUCCUGGCCAAUCAAAUUAUGUUUGAAGUUUAAAGCAGGACACAUCCAUUUUCCAUUGUGUCCCUCCAAAAGGCGUCCUCUACCCGAGAAAGAACGCCUGAUUUCCCUUGGAGAGGCUGUAUUUUCUGAAAGGGACACUUAUAAAUGACAUCAGUUACGUUCUCCCACUAUAGUUGGUUUGUCUGCUCAUCCUCAGUGUUGUGUGCCACGGUGGCACACCUAGAAUGUUCUCUGCAUGCCUUACACUUUCAUUUUUCACACCGCACACAUCUAUUUUAAGCACGGCUGCCAUCCCCUUGUGUGUGCAGUCCAGAGUGUGUGUGUUUUUUUCCCUUUCUUCAAGGUCAGACCUGCAUGUCCUCACCCACUCUUUAGCACAUCUCCGUGUGCAGGUGGAACAGUCACAAGCAGAAAAAAAGAAAACAAACAAAAGGGGGAAAAAACAUAAACAAAACAUGUUUGACAUAUGUCUCUAGUGCCCAAUGCUAGAGUCUGCAUUUAUGAAUGAGAGGCAAGACACUAAACAGUGUGUGAACCUUGGAGUGAGUCCAGCGAUUUUUAGUGGAGCCUUGCUCAUUUCUGGUCUGGCCUAAAUGGUGAAAACAGACGCUAUCAUUUUAUAGGAGCUAGAGCCUAUUUUGUGUAGUUAGGUUUCAGCUACAGUGCUGGUGUGAUGUGAUGGUGAAUAACUGCUGCAAAUGCAAUGUUAUGUAAUUAGUAACUUGACAUGUUCUGCCAUAAAGCCCACAUAGUUCUCUCUGAGAAGCUGGCACAUCUACCAUUUUGGCGUGUCUCAUGAACUUGACCCCAAGACUGUUACAAAUCAGAUUUGAGUGAUUCGCUCCUCUUUAAUUGUUGCAUGAAGUUUAAAGGUUUGUUUUCUUAGUCAGCGUUACAUUGUGUCCCGAAAACAAGAAAUAAUUUCACAGCCAUUCUCUCAUAAUCUAACCUUUUUUGAAUAGAAAAAAACUAUUAACCUUCAAACUAGCCACAGCAGUUGUUCCCUCAGAGAGCUCUGAGCAGCAUCAGGGGAACAAUGACACAUCAGAUCGCUACACGACACCACAGACGUCAUACAGCCACUCAUAAUGCCAAUGAUUAUGCUUGCUGUUGUGCUAAAACAUGCUUGGAUAUAUGAAGGCAUUAUAACAUGAUUUCAAGUACCAAUCUGACAUAUAUAAAGCAUGACUAGAUGAAUGCUUGCUUUGACUUACAGCUGAUAACAACCUUUGUUAUGACAAUGGCGGCUGCAAGUGGGGAUGAUGGCAUGCCCAUCAUUUUGUAGUCCUAUUAUACCUAAAACCUUGGAAGCUGUCACAGAAUUAUAAAAGAAAUGUAAUAGGAACCGUCUGAAUAUAAUGAGAAAUGUUGUGGUGGGCUUGUGUCAGAAGAUGUCAAGCAGGGUGUCAGUCCCCCUGAGCUGUGCAGCCCAGGGACAAUAUUAGUGACAGGUGAACUAAAAGUGGCCUGCUUGCUGGUGGUUGCUUUUCUAAUCUGUCAUGUGUCAUGAUCUCUGUGUGAUCUUACAACUUAAAUGGUUCUAUUGAUUCUUUUUGAACAAAAGUUAACUUCUCACUUAUCUAUUGUUACAUACUGUAUACGCUUAUAUAGAUUUUUCCUAUCUAUUUUUGUAUUAAUAAUGGGAUUAAGGAACAGUUUCUCGUUGCAAAGCUCUGUGAGCGGUAUGGUUUUGUAGACCUCAGUUCAGUCUGUUCUCUUUUUCGUACUUGUCUUUCUCAGUUAUGUAAUUGAUUAAAAAAACAUUGUGGUAUAAAAACACAAAAACGAUAAGCCACAAGGUACUAGGAAAUUGACCCAAAACAUGAAAUAUGGGCUAGACCAAUUUAAAUAUAUGGGAGGUGUUGUGACUAUGUGUGCUGUUGUUCUUAGGCUGUGCUGAUGUCAGCAUCUGUUAUGGUAAUAAUGCGCGUCUAGUGUUCUCUCUUGGACAAAAAGAAAGUUAAAAAGGGAAAAACUACAUUAUAUGGAGUCAGCCUUUUGAACUGGUAUCUUUUGUGACUGCAAAAAAAGAAGCACAUCCCUACAGCACAGUACAGUGAAAUGCACCUUGUGAAAGAAAGUCAGCUAGAGUAUGCAAACAUUGCCCUAACGAGAGAAAUAGAAUCCCCCCUCCCCCUCCCCUGCCCCGUCUCUCUAUCUAUCUCCCCACUCUCCUUCUUCCUGUCUUCUCUCUAUAUUUCUCUGCCCCCCCUCUCUCUCUGGGGGCUCAGGGAGUUCUGUGUGCAGAGGCGUCAGAGUUUGCAAGGCUGCGUGGGAAUCUGUUGCUGUGAGGAGUUAGUGCCAAGUCUGGGUGUGAUCAAAGCCAAGCCCUUCACUACAGGAUUACGGCUUCUCUCAUACUGCUCUCAAUCAAGCAGGAGGGGAGAGGAGCAAAGUGUUAAAUAGCCAUCAGCCUUUAGCCUCCUCCACAUGGUCUGCUCAACCCCUAACAUGUCCCCUCAGAAUUGUGCAUGGAGAAUGGGGUGUCAGUACCUCACCCCAUGUACGCUAUUGACAACGAAUGUCUCUAGGCACUUUUACGAGCUCCUACUAUCUACAGUUAACAGAGUUAAAACACGGCUUUUAAAUAGGCUGAGCCACUUGAUACUGUCAUGGUGGAUGUAAAAAUGUAUGUAUCUCCACAACCUUUAAGCACAGCAGCAUUCACUAUGUUGCCAUCCCUUUCACAAAUCCAGAGCAUAAUCAGGCUGUUACACGAGACUGACAUGCCAGACAAGGUUGUUGAGAGUCGAGAGUGUUCUGCGUGAGUAAUUGCUGGGUUUAGCUGGCCAUUUGCGCCCCCCUUUACAGAUUUUUCUGCCACCACCGAACAGGGCCAGCGUUGCUUUGUGAGAAAUGUCAUUCGGAGUUCUCUGCUGGUAGCUUUUAAAUCAUUCCUGUCAAACUGACACAAGUCAAAAGACCUGCUACUGGAUAAGGGUUUUGCGAUAGACGUGAACUUGCUGCCAAGUGCUGAGGAGUGUGGCGGAGUGUGGCCCCACUGCUCAACGAGGCCAGGCUCAUUAACACCAGCACAGGCAGAGGACCCCCGAGUCACCUCCCGAGUUCAAUCUCUGUUUUAGCCUAGCCCACUACUGAAGCUAAGACGAGCGGAGUCCUUUAAUUCACAACACGUUUUUGUUACCAAAGAGAGGCCACUGACUCAUCUGUAAGUGCCUGGGUGAAGAACAACAGGAAUUUACCAACACCAGCAUUACACCAGAAAUAUGUUAGGAAGCCCAGGGUUGCUCUUUCAGACAGCACAAUACUCACUACUCACCAUAACACUUUCAAAGACAAAAAUCUCUCUAUAUACAUAUAUAUAUACAGUAUAAAUAUCCUUUCACAAGGUGUGUUCCCACUACUAUUUUUCAACAUGUGCAACAUUUUUUAUGUAUCUGUUAUAUGCACUGCUUAAUUGGUCAGCCUCAUUUUGGUUGCUUAUUGCUUAUUGUUAUGUAUAUUGAUUUAUAUACUGUAUGUCCUUAUAUUUUCCUUUGAACAAAUUGCCUCUACCCACCGAUUUGGUCGGUGCCUUACGUUUUUCUCAGAAGCGUUCCUAUGAAGUGAUGUUGUCACCUCAUUGUAUGUAACUGUACUGUACCUCUGUAUUUCUAUUUCAUUUGUAACGAUGUCUUAUGUGAUAAUUUAUGAGAGAAAAAAGAGAUUUGUAUGUAAUAUCAUUGUUUUAAAAAGAAAAAAUGCUUGAA